UUUAUGACCCCGAUUAACAGUCAACCUAAUGUUUGAACAGAGGCUUCUCUGCGAGAAAGAAAACUGAUAUGAAGAAUGUUCCCAGUUGUUAAUCUAGGGUUGGGGUUAAAUACUGGCUCAUAGGGCAGGCGCUUGGACCCACGGCCUGCACCAGACCUCAAAGAAGCGCUAUGGAGAUCUAAUCCACUUCGAAAUUUCCCAUGAUCCGAUCCACAUCAAAAGGUCGGAUGACUCUGGCCCCAUACUUCAGCUCCCGGAAGCAUCGCGACCCGAUCAUAGAGGUGGAUCAGAGCCUCAUGGCACACUCAGGAAAUGCGAGCUUGACCGCCCUCGAACACUAAUAAGAACCCGAUCUCUGAGAUCGAGUCCCUUCUGCCAUUCAACUCUCAACACCAAGCGACGGGUUAACGGCGAAGAUGACGGUCAUGGUCACGCUCAAAUACGCCUUCGAGGCAUCCCUCACCCCGUCGCCGACCGUCAUCACGAUCGGCCUAGCCAUUGUCCUCCUCUUCCCUGUCCUCCUGCACUUCAUCUUCUCCGCGACAACCCCAUACACCACGCUGCCAUCCGUGCUGCUCCUCGGGCCCUCCGGCGCAGGCAAGACCGCCCUUGUCACGCUCUUCGAACGCGGCCCUCUCUACCACAGGCAACAACAACAAUCCACCUCCACCCCCGAGACCCUCGCCGUUUCCUCCCCCGUCGCCAAAACGCACACCUCCCAAGUACCCUUCUCCGUCGAGCUCGCCGUAGCAACCGACACCCCGAACCCGUCAUACCGCGACGACCUGGACGCGCGCGGGGCAACAGCCAAAAAGUUCCUGCUGGUCGACACCCCCGGGCACGCCAAACUGCGAUCAAACGUACUCGCGCCGCUCUCCGACCUCGCCCCGACGCUGAGCAUCCCCUCCACCCUGUCGUCCGCAUCCACAUCCACAUCCACCGCUACAACAUCAAGAAGCAGCGACACCGGGGCCCAAAAAUCUAAGCUCAAAGCCAUCAUCUUCAUGGUCGACGCCGCGGCGCUCGCCGACAGCAGCAGCGGAGACGCCCUCGCGCCGACGGCUGAAUAUCUGUACGAGGUGCUCCUGGCGCUGCAAAGGCGGUUUCAUAAGCGGGUGGGCUCGCGGGCGCCGAGGUCGAUACCUGUGCUGGUGGCGGCGAAUAAGCUGGACUUGUUCACCGCGCUGCCGGCGGCGUUGGUCAAGAGCAAUUUGGAGGCGGAGAUCAGCCGGAUUAGGAAGGCGAGGAGUAAGGGGUUGUUGGAUUCGGGCGUGGGGACGGAUGAGGCUGGUGUGGUGGGUGGGGAUGAGGCGGAUGACUGGCUUGGGGCGUACGGGGGGGAUAAGUUUAGUUUUAAGGAGAUGAUGGAGUUUGAUGUGGAGGUGGAGGUUAUUGGGGGGAAUGUGGUUGGGGAGGGGCCAGGGGCGGAUAUGUGGUGGAAGUGGAUUGGGGAGAGGAUUUGAGGGUUGAUGGGGAGGCUUUUGGAGGAGGUGAAGGCAAGAUACAGCGGGACGGGAGUCGAAUUGUAUGGACACGUAAUGAAUAUACGUGUUGCGGGAAAACCUCCCGUUUGCACGGGCUGAGCCCAAGUCUAUCUGUAUCCCACAUGUUGGCUCCUAUGCUUCCGAUCCAACCGAGAA